AUGUCCGCAGAUUUCUGGGCCGGCUACAUCUCCGGCGCCGUCGGCAUCAUCAUCGGCAACCCCCUCGACCUGCUCAAAGUCCGUCUCCAAGCAAAAACUAUCUCCCCCGCCGCCGCCGCCGCCGCCGCCGCCGCUUCCCCCACCCUCGCCGCCACCUCGUACCUGCGCCACUUUGAAUCCCCCGCCUCUCUCGUCACCGGCUCCGCCGCCCCCAUCCUCGGCUACGGCGCCCUCAACGCUCUCCUCUUCGUCUCCUACAACCGCACCGAGGCCGCCCUCAACCGCGCCCUCGACGUCCGCUCCAGCCUCUGGACCACCUGGCUCGCCGGCGCCGUCGGCGGCCUCGCCACCUGGGUCGUGAGCACCCCCACCGAGCUCGUCAAGUGCCGCGCACAGCUGUCCUCGCCCCCCGCCUCGAGCUGGGCUAUUACCAGGGACGCCUGGCGCGCCGAGGGCCUGCGGGGCCUGUAUUUCGGCGGCGCCGUCACUGCCUUGCGGGACAGCGUCGGCUACGGAUUCUACUUCUGGUCCUACGAGCUCGCCACGCGUUGGAUGGGCGUCGGCGGCGACGGCCUCAAGGAGACCAACAUGCGGGACGAGGCCGCCAAGGUCCUCCUCUGUGGCGGCCUGGCCGGUAUCGUCACCUGGGCUAGUAUCUUCCCGCUCGAUGUCAUAAAGACCCGCGUACAGAUGCAGGCCUUCAAGGCUCCGACGUCGGCCGAGGCCUCGCCCUUGCUUGGGGCACAGGGUUCGCAGCGGCAGCGGCAGCAAUCACAGUCGCAUAAGCGCGCGGGUGCUGUUCAGGUCGCCAAGGCGGCAUACCGCGAGGGCGGCAUGCGAGUCUUCUUCCGGGGCCUCACGAUCUGCAGCGUGCGGGCUUUCGUCGUCAACGCGGUCCAGUGGGCUGUAUACGAAUGGGUCAUGUAUGAGAUGGGCCAGGGCCGGAAACGGCCUGCUGCUGCUGCGGCUUCUCCUGCUGAGCCUGCGGGGCAAGUGCUCUGA